AUGUCUGAACAACGAAUCAAGACUUCUACUCCCAUCAUGCCCAAGUGGGACCCGACCAGGACAAUGAAGGCUAACGUAUUUUAUGGAACCUGUGACGUUCGAGUGGAGACCGUGCCUCGUCCAAUGGUCACUCAUCCCAAGGAUGCACUGAUCCGUGUAACAGCCACCACUAUUUGCGGAAGCGAUUUACACCUCUAUCACAAUGAGAUUCCCGAGAUGAUGAAAGGCGAUAUUCUCGGUCACGAAUUCAUGGGGAUUAUCGAGGAUGUCGGCGAUCAGGUCAAAGAUCGCAAGAAAGGACAGCGCGUUGUGGUUUGCUUUGACAUUGCUUGUGGGACAUGCGACUAUUGCAAACGGGGCGAAUUUACGGGAUGUGAUACAACAAAUGACUCUGUAACGAUGGAGAAAAUGUACGGGUAUAGGCUUUCCGGGAUAUUUGGAUACUCGCACUUGACUGGAGGCUACCCCGGUGGACAGGCUGAAUACGUCAGAGUUCCUUUCGCCGACAUCAAUACCCUUCCCGUUCCCGAUAGUCUUCCGGACGAGAAAGUUUUAUUCUUAUCGGAUAUUGCCUGCACAAGCUGGUACGCCAACGAAUGCGCUCAAGUUGGUAAGGACGAUAAAGUCGCAAUUUGGGGAGGCGGACCCAUUGGUCAAUUCUCUGCAAGAUGGGCUAUGAUUCGGGGUGCUUCCAGUGUUGUUGUGGUGGAAACUGUCGAAGCGCGGCGAAAGAUGGCCGAGUCCUACCCUGGUGUUAAAUCACUCAACCCAGACGGCAUUGACGUCGUCGAAACCUUGAAAAAAAUGCUCCCAGGCGGUCCGGAUGCCUGCAUUGAUGCGACGGGUUUCCGCUACUCCAAGACGUUGGUCCAUAAAGUUGAAAGGACCAUCAAGGCAGAAACUGAUGCAGUCGAUAUCUUGGAGGAAAUCAUCAGGUCUUGUCGCAAGUACGGUAGGAUCGGUCUCAUCGCGGAUUACGUUGGAUACGCUAACCACUUCCCCAUCGGUGCAUUGAUGGAGAAAGGCAAGUUGUCCAUCUUAAUCCGCGGUGGUCAAUGUCCGUGCCAACGGUACUGGAAAGACCUUCUUGGUCGCAUCGAGAAAGGCCAAAUCGACCCUUCGUUCAUUAUUACUCAUCGCCCCGCCUUUGAGGACAUUCCCAAGGCAUAUGCAACCUUUGACAAAAAGGAGGAUGGCAUGAUCAAAAACUUCAUCAGGCCUCCGUCGGCUGUAGCUUAUACCUGA